AUGUCGCAAGAGGCCGAUGUUCAGGGGCUGCUGUCGGAGCUGCUGGAGCUGGGACACACGCCCAAGCCCCCGCCAACGCUCGGCACCCAGCAGGCCUUUGACUGGGUUGCUGACUGCACGGCCUGGCUGUGCCAGAGGGCGGCGCCCGACCUUGCCGUGCCUCGCGACUAUAGCAGCGAGGCCAAGCGGGUGGCCUUCCUGUCAGCCCUGGGCAGCCAGCUGUACUCCCGCACCCGCAUCCGCCUGCACCUGCGCCGCCUGUACCGCGCAGGCGGCGGCGCGGUACGCGAGCUGCGCCGCCUGGCGGCCAGCCUGGCGCAGGCGGCGGCAGAGUUAGCUCCGCCUGCCGCCACGCCCGCCAACCUGCCACCCCUGCCUGAGCUGGACCGGCCGCAACUGAAUGAGCUGUCGCAACGCAUCGGCGCCAGCGCCGCGCAGCUGGUGGCAGCGCUGGCGGCGGCGCCGGCAGCGGCUGCGGGCGCCCGCGCGGCACUGGCUGCCACCACAGAUGUGGAUGGCAUGGAAGCCGAGCUGCGGGCGGCCCUGGCGGCGGCCCGCCAGCAGAAGGCGCAGCUGGAGCCGGCGGUGGCGGCGCUGGGGCAGGAGGUGGCGUUGCUCGAAGCCCGUGUGGAGAAGCGGCACGUGGAGCUCGACCGCCUCGAGCGCCGCCUGGACUCCCUGCAGGCGGUCAAGCCCGCCUUCUCGGCGGAGGCGGAAGCGCUGGAGGCUGAGCUGGCGGGGCUGUACCAGCAGUACCUGCAUAGGUUCCGCAACCUGGAGUGGCUGGAGGGGUCGCUGGACGCGUAUGCUGCAGAGCGGCAGGCGGAGGCCGAGGAGGCCGACAAGCAGCUGCGCCGCAUCCAGCGCCAGGUGGCGGCGGAGGAGCUGCGCCUGCUGCAGGGAGACCAGAACGGCAGCCCCAACACGCCUGGGGCCGAGCCGGCAGACGGGCUGGAUAGUGACGACAGCGAGGCGGCGGUGCCGGGUGGCUGGGGGCUCAAGGCGCUGCCGUGCCUGGGCGGUGGCAACGGCGGCGCCGGCGCCGGCGGCGGGGUGCGCGCAGCGGGAGGCUCCCCGGGAAGGUCGGCCGCCGCGCUGGACCUGCAGCUGCUGUCGGAUGAGGAGAGCGGGGGCGGCGGCGGAGGAGCGGCGGGGAGCCGGGGGGGCACUGCUGCCUCCAAGGGCGGCGCCAGCAGGCUCAGCCUGGCCAGCGGCGGCUCUUCGGAUGUGGCAGGGGCCGCCGGCGGCGACACCUCGCCCGGAAGGCCCCAGGAGGGCAGCAAGGUGACCUUUGGCGGAGCCUCCCUCAUCACGGCGCCCCGCGGCGGCCCCUCCAGCGGCGGCAGCCAGCGCCCCGGCAGCGCGCGGCGCGCCACGGGCAGCGCCAACGCGAUGCUGCGGGGCAGGGCGGGCGGCGGCGAGGGCGGCGGCGCGGACGUGCUGAGCCUGGACAGCCCGCUGGCCAGCCCUGCGCGCCGCAGCAACAUGCAGGGCGACAACGACUUCUGA